UAUAAUGACACUGGUUUAUGGUUGGAGGCAAUUACAACAUGGCUCAGCAUUUUCAUCACUUUGACUAGUUCGCGGAAACGUACAAAAAUGGGAAAGGAUUGCAGACGUUAAUAAAACGGGGUUUAAUGGUUUCUACUCGUGCUUUGUUUUCGCGGUGCACUUCUGUUUCUCCCUCGGAAUAAGCUGAUCCCGCUCCGCUGACUGCUCUGAGCUGGCAACAUGUGCACUUGUCACCUGGGCACCUGAGACUUGUCUAACGGGUCCCCGCCGACGCCCAGUGCGCAUGCGCAGCAAUGCUGACUGCAGCGAGGGGGUCCAGAAGAUGGCGGAGAAAAUGAUAAGGCUGCGAGUGGCGGCAGCAGCAGCAAAAUAAACUACAGUCAUUCUGUUUUAUAAAUUCAAGGAGAGAUCGAGCUUUAAAAAAAAAACGAGCCUUGCCAUGUACUAAAAAGGAAGACUUCUCUGUACUGAUUAUUUUCCUCUCAGUGGUGUGGGUUGAAUACUGCUGAGCUUUUUUUUCCAGAAUAUUCCACCCCCCCCCCUCCCCCCAAUUUCUCUGGUGCCGGUGAAUGAGAAACAGGAAUUGCUCCUGUCGGAGGACAUGGCGAGCGACAAACCGGCGCUGCCGGUAAACAUGCAGCCUCCAGCGGCUGGAGCUGGAGAAGACACCGGCUUGGGCUCCGGAGGGGAAGCCGGGGCCGGGGGUCUGGAGCUCGGCUCCAAACCACAGCUACUACCGCCGGCGGCGACAGCAGCAGCAGACACGGUGGGUUCGAUGGUGUCCAUCUCUGGCAUUAACCCCUCGGUUCCCAUUAGGAAUAUAAAGAUGAAAUUCGCCGUUGUCAUCGGCCUCAUCCAAGUUGGGGAGGUCAGCAACAGGGAUAUCGUGGAGACUGUGCUUAAUUUGCUAGUUGGUGGAGAAUUUGACUUGGAAAUUAACUUCAUCAUUCAGGAUGAGGAGAGCAUAGCAUGUAUGAUAGAACUUCUUGAACACUGUGAUGUCACCUGCCAGGCUGAGAUUUGGAGUAUGUUCACAGCCAUUCUGCGUAAGAGUGUACGCAACCUUCAAGCAAGCACAGAGGUUGGCCUCAUUGAACAAGUGCUAUUAAAAAUGAGCAAAGUGGAUGACAUGAUAGCAGAUUUGUUAGUUGAUAUGUUGGGUGUUUUAGCAAGCUACAGCAUCACUGUCAAGGAACUCAAGCUGCUUUUCAGCAUGUUGCGUGGAGAAAAUGGAUUUUGGCCCAGGCAUGCAGUUAAAUUACUGUCAAUUCUAAAUCAGAUGCCACAAAGACAAGGCCCAGAUACUUUCUUCAACUUUCCUGGACGCAGUGCAGCAGCCAUUGCUUUGCCUCCCAUUGCUAAGUGGCCUUACCAAAAUGGUUUUACUUUAAAUACUUGGUUUCGCAUGGAUCCGCUAAAUAAUAUAAAUGUGGACAAAGACAAGCCAUAUCUCUACUGCUUUCGAACGAGUAAAGGAGUUGGCUAUUCAGCACAUUUUGUUGGAAACUGUUUGAUUAUAACAUCAUUGAAAUCAAAAGGAAAAGGUUUCCAGCAUUGUGUGAAGUAUGAUUUUCAACCGAGGAAGUGGUACAUGAUCAGCAUUGUACAUAUCUACAACCGCUGGAGAAAUAGUGAAAUUCGUUGUUAUGUCAAUGGUCAGCUGGUUUCUUAUGGAGAUAUGGCUUGGCAUGUCAACACUAAUGAUAGUUUUGACAAGUGCUUCCUGGGUUCCUCAGAAACUGCAGAUGCAAAUAGAGUAUUCUGUGGUCAGCUUGGAGCAGUGUUUGUGUUCACUGAAGCACUUAAUCCAGCACAGAUAUUUGCAAUACAUCAAUUAGGACCUGGAUAUAAGAGUACCUUUAAGUUCAAAUCGGAGAGUGACAUCCACCUUGCAGAACAUCAUAAACAAGUUUUGUAUGAUGGGAAGCUGGCUAGUAGUAUUGCCUUUACAUAUAAUGCCAAAGCUACUGAUGCACAGCUUUGCCUUGAGUCAUCGCCAAAGGAAAACCCCUCAAUUUUUGUACAUUCUCCACAUGCACUAAUGCUGCAGGAUGUUAAAGCUAUUGUGACUCACUCGAUUCACAGUGCAAUCCAUUCUGUUGGUGGUAUUCAGGUUCUUUUCCCACUUUUUGCACAGUUGGACUGCCAUCAGCCAAAUGACAGUCAGUUAGAGACCACAGUUUGUGCAACCCUUCUAGCCUUUCUAGUUGAGCUACUAAAGAGCUCAGUGGCCAUGCAAGAACAAAUGUUGGGUGGAAAAGGUUUCUUGGUAAUCGGCUACCUCUUAGAAAAGUCAUCCAGAGUUCAUAUUACACGAGCUGUCCUGGAGCAGUUUUUGUCCUUUGCUAAAUAUCUGGAUGGUUUGACCCAUGGAGCACCUUUAUUAAAACAGUUGUGUGAUCACAUCCUGUUUAAUCCUGCAAUCUGGAUUCAUACCCCUGCAAAGGUGCAGCUUUCACUUUAUACGUACUUGUCUGCUGAAUUCAUUGGCACUGCUACUAUAUACAGUACUAUACGUAGAGUAGGCACUGUGCUGCAAUUAAUGCAUACUCUCAAAUAUUACUACUGGGUAAUUAAUCCAUCUGAUUGCAGUGGCAUAUCUUCCAAAGGGCAAGAUGGCCCUCGUCCAUCUCAGAAAGAAAUUAUUUCACUGCGGGCUUUUAUGCUGCUAUUUUUGAAACAACUAAUUUUGAAGGAUCGUGGUGUCAAAGAAGAUGAACUUCAAAGUAUUCUUAAUUACCUGUUAACCAUGCAUGAGGAUGAAAACAUUCAUGAUGUUUUGCAACUGUUGGUUGCACUGAUGUCAGAGCACCCUGCAUCCAUGAUACCUGCUUUUGAUCAACGAAAUGGGAUACGUGUUAUUUACAAAUUAUUGGCUUCAAAAAGUGAAAGCAUCCGUGUUCAAGCACUGAAAGUUCUGGGAUACUUCCUCAAACACCUUGGUCAUAAAAGGAAGGUGGAGAUCAUGCACACACACAGUCUGUUCACUCUUCUUGGAGAAAGGUUAAUGCUUCACACCAAUACUCUUACUAUAACAACGUACAACACACUCUAUGAGAUUUUGACUGAACAAGUGUGUACGCAAGUUGUUCACAAGCCUCAUCCAGAACCUGACUCAACGAUAAAAAUUCAAAACCCAAUGAUUCUUAAGGUAGUUGCCACAUUGUUGAAAAAUUCUACACCAAGCAAUGAGCUGAUGGAAGUUAGACGUCUGUUUUUAUCAGAUAUGAUAAAAUUAUUCAGUAACAGUCGGGAAAACAGAAGGUGCCUCUUGCAGUGUUCAGUCUGGCAAGACUGGAUGUUCUCGCUUGGAUAUAUAAAUCCUAAAUGCACAGAUGAACAGAAAAUAACAGAGAUGGUGUACAACAUUUUCCGUAUUCUCCUAUAUCAUGCAAUUAAGUAUGAAUGGGGAGGCUGGCGUGUUUGGGUCGAUACCCUCUCAAUAGCACAUUCGAAGGUCACCUAUGAAGCUCAUAAAGAAUACCUAGCCAAGAUGUAUGAAGAGUAUCAAAGGCAAGAGGAGGAGAACAUCAAAAAAGGAAAAAAGGGUAGUGUCAGCACAAUUUCUGGCCUUUCCUCUCAAACAAUAGGAUCCAAAGGAGGCGUAGAAGUCAGAGAAAUUGAAGAUGGUUCCCAGACUCAGAGCCCAGAGAGUGAAACUGACUACCCUGUCCACACCAAUUCUAGAAAUCUCCUAGUUGAAGCAAGGGUAUCCAGUAGUGGUGCAGACAGUUCAGACAGGCCAACAACAGGAGUACACGUGGAGGUUCAUGAUCUCUUAGUGGAUAUCAAAGCAGAGAAGGUUGAUGCCACAGAGGUAAAACUUGAUGAUCUCGAUCUGUCACCUGAGACCCUGGUUGCAGAGAAUUGUAAUCUGGUUGAGGUAGAAUCUCUUUUGGACAAGGUUUAUACUUCUGCUGUGGAGAAACUACAGAACAAUAUUAACAGCACCUCCAUUCCUCAACAAAGAGAACAGAGAGACAGUGGUCCCUUAAUAUCUCUGGUAGAUGAAAAGGAUAAUGAACCUGUUAAUAGCACAUCAUUUCUCUUCGAUAAAGCAACAAACCAUCAGGAAAAACUACUGGCUGAAUUGCCAGCUGCUGACAAUCUUUCAAUUGCAAAUGUGCCAGAGAACCAAAUACAUUCAAGUGCCAGUGAUGACCUGGGACUGUUAGCUCAUAUGACCAGUAAUUCAGAUAUUACAAGCCCAAAAUCUAUAAUUGAGGAUAAGGAUUUCAAAAUUACAACAAAUUUGGAAGAAAUGAGUAUCCUGUCUGAAUCAGAAGGAAUUGCAAAAACAAUGGAAUACACUGAAAUGAUCGGCGCAACCAUUGAUUCAGAAAUAUCUUCAAAAAAGACUGUAGGUAAUUUGGAUGCUGCUAGCACAGUUUCUGAUACUGACAGAUCCGAUGAUGGCAAAGAGCCAGGGAAAGAAGUUAAAAAAAUUCAAACCACCACCACAACUCAGUCCAUUCAGGGGCGAGGAGGUGGGUUUCAAGAAAGAGACCUGCGUGUCGAUCUGGGUUUCCGAGGGAUGCCAAUGACUGAGGAGCAGCGCCGACAGUUUAGUCCAGGACCACGAACUACCAUGUUCCGGAUCCCUGAAUUUAAGUGGUCCCCCAUGCAUCAGCGUUUGCUGACAGAUCUGCUUUUUGCUUUGGAAACCGAUGUGCAUGUUUGGCGGAGCCACACUACGAAGUCUGUGAUGGAUUUUGUGAAUAGCAAUGAGAACAUUAUUUUUGUUCACAAUACAAUUCACCUCAUUUCUCAAAUGGUGGACAACAUCAUCAUUGCUUGUGGUGGAAUUUUGCCUUUGUUAUCAGCAGCCACCUCCCCUUCUACUUCUAAGACCAACGCAGUGGACUCGAGAGCCCCAGUGGAUAGUGGGAGACUCCACAGCCCGGGCAAGUCAAUCACGGAACUGGAAAACAUAGAGGCAACUCAAGGCAUGUCGACAGAGACAGCAGUAACGUUCUUAAACAGGCUGAUGGCCAUGGUUGAUGUCUUAGUUUUCUCAAGCUCACUCAAUUUCAGUGAGAUUGAAGCAGAAAAAAACAUGUCAUCUGGAGGCUUAAUGCGGCAGUGCCUGAGACUUGUUUGUUGUGUUGCUGUGAGAAAUUGCUUGGAAUGUCGCCAGAGGCAAAGGGAUAGGAUGACAAAGAUUUCACUAACCAGUACUAAGCCCCAAGAGAGUCUUCAGAGUUUAACAGGAUCCGGUGCAACCAAGACUGGUGUUGAAAAUAUCUCUGGUAACCUUUCUCCAAUUAAAGAUCCUGACAGAUUACUGCAAGAUGUAGACAUUAACCGUUUGCGAGCUGUUGUCUUUCGUGACGUGGAUGAUAGUAAACAGGCUCAGUUUUUGGCUUUGGCUGUUGUAUACUUUAUCUCUGUACUCAUGGUAUCAAAAUACAGAGACAUACUGGAGCCACAACGUGAAAUUGCGAGAUCUGGAAGUCAGAUAAGUCGCAAUAUUCGGCAAGAAAUUAACUCACCAACAAGUACAGAGAAUCCUGUUACUUUCCCAGAAGGCAACAAAGAAAAAGAAAUUCUAACACCGAUUGAAGAUAUACAUGUUGAAAGCUCUCUUCCACAUACUGAUUCAGGCAUUGGAGAGGAGCAAAUAACUGGUGUUUUGAAUGGCUCUGAUUUGGAAACAGCAACUGUGCCAGAUGCAAUGAGUGAACUUUUAUCUUCCUUGUCCUCCGAAGUAAAGAAAUCCCAAGAAAGUUUAGCUGAGAGCCCAGUUGAAGUACUGAAACCAAGUUCAUCUGUGACGAGUGUCAGCCAAGGAAAAGGCAUGAAUGUCAAGGAAAUUCUGAAAAGCCUUGUUGCAGCACCUAUGGAACGUGCAGAAUCUGGACCUGAACCUGUAUCAUACCCUGAUUCAAGUGUGAAAAGAGAAGCUCAGACUAUUCUUCCAAUGCAGUUUCAUUCCUUUGACAGGAGUGUUGUUGUACCUGUAAAGAAACCACCUCCAGGCAGUCUGGCCGUCAAUACAGUCGGUGGUAUCGGUAUUACGAGUAGUCUCGUCACUGGCAGUACAACCAACGUAAUCUCUCCUGCAACAGCUACACCAAAAAGUAUGAUAAAUACCACAGGUGCUGCAGAGGCUGCUUCCACUUCGUCCUCUUCCUCCUCUUCCAGUUUUGUGAAUGGUGCAACCAGCAAAAAUCUUCCUGCAGUUCAAACAGUUGCUCCAAUGCCAGAGGAUUCUGCUGAAAAUAUGAGCAUCACAGCAAAACUUGAACGAGCUCUGGAAAAGGUUGCUCCACUGUUACGUGAGAUUUUUGUGGACUUUGCACCAUUUCUUUCAAGAACUCUGUUGGGCAGCCAUGGUCAAGAAUUGUUGAUCGAAGGCCUGGUGUGCAUGAAGUCCAGUACCUCAGUCGUAGAAUUGGUUAUGUUGCUAUGUUCACAGGAAUGGCAGAAUUCUAUUCAGAAGAAUGCAGGAUUGGCAUUUAUUGAACUCAUCAAUGAAGGAAGGUUGUUAUGCCAUGCCAUGAAGGACCACAUAGUUAGAGUGGCUAAUGAGGCAGAGUUCAUUCUGAAUCGACAGAGGGCAGAAGAUGUGCAUAAGCAUGCAGAAUUUGAGUCCCAAUGUGCUCAAUAUACGGCGGAUAGAAGAGAAGAAGAGAAGAUGUGCGAUCAUCUCAUUAGUGCUGCAAAGCAUCGAGAUCAUGUUACAGCCAAUCAGCUAAAACAAAAGAUUCUCAACAUCCUUACAAACAAGCAUGGUGCAUGGGGUACCAUCUGUCUGAGUCAACAAAAUGAUUUUUGGCGCCUGGACUAUUGGGAAGAUGAUUUGCGUCGCCGACGCAGGUUCAUACGCAAUGCAUUUGGAUCAAUACAUCCUGAGGUCCUGUUGAAAUCUGCGGAAGAAUAUGUUGGAUGCCAUUAUCCACCCAGCAGCUACAUCCGCCACCACAGCCACAAACUAUGCCAUCACUUCCACGGAAGCUGCUGCCAACAUCUCCUCUGUGGCUGCUGCCGAACACAACCCGGCUCCGCUGACCAUCCCACCUCUGCUGAAAACACCACUUCUACGAUUGCUGCCAGCUACGUCACUUUUGUCCCUGAGGUUGCCGCCGCACAUUCUACUUCUGCCCCCAUGACCGCUGCUGAUGACACCACUUACCGAAACACAGCCGACCAUGCCACCCCCAUAACUGCUGCCAACGGCACCAAAAGAUACCCAUCCACUAAAGCCACUGAGAAUGGCACUUCCGCCCCCGCAGUUGUCUCUGAACGUGCCACUUCUGCCCCCGUGAUCACUGCCGUUCAUGUUACUUCCUUCAAUGAUGUCACUUACAUGACCACUGCUACAUAUGGCACUUCUGCUGGACCCACCAUCUACAUCACACCAGAGACAGUCGCCACCUCCACUCCCAAAUCCAGCUCUUGCCCUGGCCGAAGCCCUGCUGGGUAUGCAGACAUUAUGUCCCAAAGACUAGUGGAUUUUAACCAGCAGCACGUCCCUUCAGCUAUUCACAACAAGCUUUAUCAAACACCUGUGUUGGCAAAAAGGACAACAGUGUUUAACAUUCAACAUGAUUCUGUUCUCGCUUACACUGAAGGUUUACAUGGAAAAUGGAUGUUCAGCGAAAUACGGGCAGUCUUUUCAAGACGCUAUCUCCUCCAGAGCACAGCUUUGGAAGUUUUCAUGGCCAACAGAACAUCUGUCAUGUUCAAUUUUCCAGACCAAGCUACAGUGAAGAAAGUUGUGUAUAGUUUACCUCGUGUUGGAGUUGGCACUAGUUAUGGUUUACCACAGGCCAGGAGAAUAUCAUUGGCCAGUCCUCGUCAGCUUUUUAAAUCCUCCAACAUGACACAGCGUUGGCAACGGCGGGAAAUUUCAAACUUUGAAUACUUGAUGUUCCUUAAUACCGUAGCAGGUCGGACAUACAAUGAUUUAAAUCAGUACCCUGUGUUUCCUUGGGUUAUUACAAACUAUGAAUCUGAAGAGCUGGAUCUCACCCUACCAGGCAACUUCAGGGACCUAUCAAAGCCCAUUGGAUCUUUAAACCCAAAACGUGCCGUUUUCUAUGCUGAACGCUAUGAGACAUGGGAAGAUGAUCAAAUUCCACCAUACCACUACAAUACUCAUUAUUCUACAGCUACUUCCACACUAACUUGGCUUGUCAGAAUUGAGCCGUUUACCACAUUUUUCCUGAAUGCAAAUGAAGGCAAAUUUGAUUAUCCAGAGCGAACAUUCUCCUCUAUCACCAAGUCGUGGAGGAACUGUCAAAGAGACACAUCAGAUGUAAAAGAACUAAUUCCGGAAUUCUAUUAUUUACCUGAAAUGUUUGUGAAUAGUAACAAUUAUAACCUUGGCAUCCGAGAAGAUGGCACUGUUGUUUCUGAUGUUGAGCUUCCAAUGUGGGCAAAGAAGCCAGAAGAUUUUGUCCGCAUUAAUAGAAUGGCUCUGGAGAGUGAAUUUGUUUCUUGCCAGUUGCAUCAGUGGAUUGACCUUAUUUUUGGAUAUAAACAACGAGGCCCAGAGGCAGUUCGUGCUCUCAAUGUUUUCCAUUACCUGACUUAUGAGGGUUCUGUGAAUCUAGACAGUAUCACAGAUUCUGGCCUCAGAGAGGCCAUGGAAGUGCACAUACAGAACCUUGGACAAAUGCCAUCUCAGUUGCUUAUUGAGCCACAUCCACCUCGAAGCUCUGCCAUGCACCUGUGUUUCCUUCCACAGAGCCCACUCAUGUUUAAGGAUCAGAUGCAGCAAGAUGUUAUAAUGGUGCUAAAAUUUCCAUCCAAUUCCCCUGUUACCCAUGUGGCAGCCAACACACUGCCUCAUCUAAGCACCCCUGCUGUGGUCACUGUGACUUGCAGCAGACUGUUUGCAGUGAAUAGGUGGCAUAACACUGUAGGUCUUAGGGGAGCUCCAGGAUACUCCCUGGAACAGGCCCAUCACCUGCCGAUUGAAAUGGAUCCAUUGAUCGCCAAUAAUGCUGGUGUGAACAAGAGGCAGAUCACAGACCUUGUGGAUCAGAGCAUUCAGAUUAAUGCGCACUGCUUUGUUGUGACAGCAGAUAAUCGUUACAUCCUGGUUUGUGGAUUCUGGGAUAAGAGUUUUCGAGUGUAUUCAACAGAAACAGGGAAAUUGACACAGAUUGUGUUUGGACACUGGGAUGUGGUCACAUGCUUGGCCAGAUCAGAGUCCUAUAUUGGUGGAGAUUGUUAUAUUGUAUCAGGUUCUCGUGAUGCUACACUUCUGCUGUGGUACUGGAGUGGCCGACAUCAUAUCAUUGGUGACAACCCCAACAAUAGUGAUUAUCCUGCUCCUAGAGCUGUCUUGACUGGGCAUGACCAUGAAGUAGUUUCUGUAUCUGUGUGCGCUGAACUGGGACUUGUCAUCAGUGGUGCCAAAGAAGGGCCAUGUUUGGUGCAUACAAUUACUGGAGAUCUUCUUAGAGCCCUGGAGGGACCAGAAAACUGUGUCUACCCACGUCUUAUCUCUGUAUCCAGUGAAGGUCAUUGCAUCAUCUACUACGAGCGAGGAAGAUUCUGUAAUUUUAGCAUUAAUGGCAAAUUAUUAGGGCAGAUGGAGACCAAUGAUUCAACUAGAGCUUUACUUCUCAGCAGUGAUGGACAAAACCUGGUAACAGGCGGAGAUAAUGGUGUAGUUGAAGUGUGGCAAGCCUGUGACUUCAAACAACUAUAUAUUUAUCCUGGUUGCGAUGCUGGCAUCAGGGCUAUGGACCUGUCACAUGAUCAAAGGACACUGAUAACAGGCAUGGCUUCGGGCAGUAUUGUAGCUUUUAACAUAGAUUUCAACCGAUGGCAUUAUGAACAUCAGAACAGAUACUAAGCCAAUUUUAGGGGAAGCAGAAAUGUGAUUGCCAGUUCCAGCUGAGAGCACAAGUGCUGUAGUGAAUGCCCAGGCAUAAGUGGUGGAACAUGAUGCCCUCUGCAUUGACGUCUGUUAUACAUUCCAUUACAUCUAGCAAUAGUUGUACAUUGUAUUCUUUAUGUGUAAAAGCAAUCACGAUGGCCAUUUUUUUUUUCUAUCACCGAGCACCAGCUACAACAAACAGAUGCCAUAUAAGUUUAUGAUUCACUAAUGUAAACUAAAUGAAUCAGAAUGUUAAUUAAUUAAUGCUUCCAAGUAAUUCUAUUGAUAAUGUGUCAAAUCAGUUGUGAAGAAUGUAUCCAGUUAUUAUUCAUAAUACUGCAAGCUAAGAGGCCAGCGUUUUAAAAAAUGCAUUCUUCAUUUACAGUCUGUACCCAAUCUAUCAAAUAAUACUUUUCAUAAAUUCUACUUUAACUCAUCACCUUUGAUAGAUACUGAAAAUCCUGAAUAUGUUUCUUAACUGCUUUGAAGUUCCAUCAUGUGGUCUAUAUAUCUCGUGUUCCUUAAAAUAAUUUUUCCAAAAAAUAUACUGGUGGAACUCAGUGGAAAAUAACAAACAUUUGUAGAAUUGAGGACGAAGUUGACUUGACUAUCUAAUUUUACAGUGUGGCAAUGAGAACCGCAUUCGAUUUUGUGUUAUUAUUUUACAAACACAGUUUGGUUUCUGUACACUGUAAAAGUUAUAUUAAUGAGGUGAAUAUUACAAGAUCUCGGCUUCUCCAGCUUAUAAACUGCAUUUUCAGCUUUCCUAGUAGGCACGAGAUUAGGAGUACAUUGCAUUUUUUUACUGUAGCAAAAAUCACUUAAUAUUUCUGGCAUAUUAAUCAAAUCAAAUGCAUACACGGGGUAAAAAAAAUCACUUCAUGUUUUCUUCUUUGUAUAUUUGGUGACUGUACUGUCAAAAGUCAUAGAUGUACAUACUGUGUUGGUAGGGCUAAAAGGCAUGUAAACAGGAAUGUAGUUUUCUUGGAAUUACACUCACUUGCAGUUUAUUUAAUUAAAUAAUUAUUGGAUUCUUUGUAUUGGCAUUUUGCAUCAGAAAUAUUAUUUAUUGCUGCGAUUAUUGAUUUGCCAUCCACACUGUAAUAGUAAAUUUUAGCACUGAGUUCUUUACUUGUUGUUUGUAUUUAAACAAUUAAAACCAUGAAGAAAGUCUGACUGCGUAAUUAAAUUGUACAUCAUAUAUGUGAGCAAUAUUAUGAGUUUUUAGUCUAGAACUGGGAGGGGGGAAUAAGCAUCUGGAAAACAACUUCAUUUCAUCUGGAAAUCACAGUGAAAUAUUUUGGAUAUACAAAAUCCUUGAGCUAUUGUAACGCUGUUUUUUGGCAAAGAUGUAAAAUAUGCCAGAUGUGUGUCAAUUCAAAACUAAAAUUGAAAAAAAUAAAAUAUGCAGAGAAA